CUUGAAGCAGCUCCGUUUUUUUUUACCUCUUGCUUUCUUCCUCCCUCUCUGCUCUGCUUCUCUCGCUCUCUCUCUCUUUUUUUCUCUCUAUUUAAGACGACUUUAGGCUGGGCGUGUAUGUAUUUAUCAAUGUCCUUGUUAUUUGAAAGUACGUAGCUUUAUUGAGUUUUUUUUUUUUUUUUUUUGGGGGGGGUUAGUUUGUUUUUCGUAGCCGCCCCCUUUCCAAUGAGAAGACGUAAAAGAUGGAGCUUCACAUUUUAGAGCACAGCUUGAAAGUGGCGAGUAUAGAGAAGGAAGGUAUCCAGAUUUGCACUCACGGAUUAAUCAAACUCGCCUUCCUGGCCUCCAAAACCAGGUGCAAGUUCUUCAGCCUGACAGAGACGCCGGAGGACUACACCAUCAUCGUGGACGAGGAGGGCUUUAAAGAGCUGCCCGAGUCGGAGCACAUCAGCGUCGCCGAGGCCACGUGGCUGGCGCUCAACGUGGUGUCAGGCGGUGGAAACGCGUCCAACUCGCAGCCCAUCGGUGUCACCAAGAUCGCCAAGUCGGUCAUCGCGCCGCUGGCUGACCACAACAUCUCCGUCUUCAUGCUGUCCACCUAUCAGACUGACUUCAUCCUGGUCCGAGAACGAGACCUGCCCAUGGUCAUGCACACACUGUCUUCGGAGUUUACUUUACUGAGGGUGGUCAAUGGAGAGACAGUGGCCGCCCACCACCUGGGGGUGACCAAUGGCUUCGUCAAGCCCAAACUCGUGCCGCGUCCAAUCAUCCACCCGCUGUCCAGCCCCAGCAACAUGUUCUGCGUGACCAGCUUGGAUCCUGACACUCUUCCCUCCGUAGCCACCCUGCUCAUGGACGUCAUGUUCUACUCUGGAGGAUCGAAAGAAUCAGGUGCAUGUGGCGACGACGCCAGCCACAUCCGAUUCUUCUCUUUCUCCCUCAUCGAAGGCUACAUCUCACUGGUCAUGGAUGAACAGACCACGCAAAGGUUCCCAAACAACGUCUUGUUCACCAGCGCUUCUGGCGAGCUUUGGAAAAUGGUCCGAAUCGGGGGACAACCUUUAGGAUUUGACGAGUGCGGCAUCGUGGCUCAAAUAUCAGAACCCUUGGCAACCGCCGACAUUCCAGCGUACUACAUUAGCACCUUCAAGUUCGACCAUGCCUUGGUUCCUGAGGAAAACAUCCAGAGCGUGAUUGGAGCGCUGAGGACCGAGAGCACCCUGGCAUAGCAAGGAUAGAGAGAGCGAAAAACAGUUUUAGCGUUUGAGUUUCCAAAAACUUCCAAGAGCUAAUUAGCGGACUACUGUGGAUCAGCUUGGAGUGAGGCGCAUUGUAUGAAGGGGAUUUUGUUGCUCAGCCAUUUUCCCGUAGCUCCCUCCUUUUUUCCUUUUGAUGCCACCCGAGGGCAACCCCGCAUCUGGCCUUGCCCUGGUAGUUGUUGCUGCUUCACCCUCUCACAUGCACCUACUGUGUUAGUUACAGAAUUCCUCCCUCGUGGAAGAAUGAUGAAUGUACUCGCGGAAGAAUAAUUAGUACAAGCUUUUUCACAAUUUUUUUUUCUGUCGUUUUUUUUCACUUUCUUUUUUAUUUUCAUGAAUUUUUUCCCUCUUUUUUUCCAUUUCUUUUUUCACUUAAAAUCUGAGGUUUCUAUUUUCCAUGUUCUUUUUUUGUUUUGUUUUUGGGGGUUUUGUCAUGUUUCAUUUUUUCCCCAGGUUUUUGUUUGUCACUGUAAUUCUCUUUUUCACCAUUUUUUUGUUUCCUGUAUUUCUUGUAUUGUUUUCUGGGGUGCUUUCAUUUUUUUUCACUUCUUUUUACAUUUGUUGUUUUCUGUUUUUUUUUUUUUCUUUCCUUUCAUUAUUUUGUUUCCCUUAUUUUUUUCCUGCAAUUUUUCCCAUCAGUGCCAAGAUGGUUUUUUUUGACUGCCUAAAUUGAUUAUGCCUUUUGUUGUGCAAUCUGAGGCCGUGCUGCGUUCACCGCCGUUAGUGAAGUUGUUGAUCCAUCUCGACAAGGAUUUUUAACUUUUUUUUUUUUUUUUUUUUUUAGUUUUAUUUUAUUUUUUUUAUUUUUUUUGCUUAUCGUCGACAUGCUCAUACUGCGAGCAACCGGUCGCUUUCCUUCCACUGAUCAGAGGAUUUUGAUUUAAGUCCAUCUGAUAGCAAUGGUGGAUAUGUAGCAUUGAUAGUUUGACUACUCGAUCGCGAAGGAAAAAUUUUUUUUCGCGUUUGCAUGACAAUACAGUAUAUUGGCAAAGUAGUUCCUCUGAUCUUUGUUGUUGUUCUCCCACAAUCAGAAAAUGCUAACUUUAAGUUGAAUUCUUUAGUACCGACUGAAUGUUUUGGAUUCUUGCCUUUACACUUCAUAAACCCGUCGUCGUAAUCACUGUUUAGCUCUCAGAUAACGUACAAGAAUUCGUAAAGGAAAAAAAGUGUCAAGUUUGAUUUUGUUUCUUCUUAGCUAUUUUGCCAAUUUCGUACAUUCUUCAACCCUGAAAUGGGCGGAAACUUUUAUUCACUGUAUACUUAUGUUGUUUUUUUGUUUUUUUUCAAGCCCAGGUGAUUCGCGAACAAGGCAGGAAAAUUGUCGUCCAGUAAAAGUUGAAAAGAUUACCAUUAGCUAGCGAUUUUUCUAGACCAAGAACGAGAGCAAGACCAAAUUCUCCCUAACAACGAUUUAGUAGGUUUCAGACAUCACAGUGCAAAAUAUUGUAAGUUGCACUUUUUUUUCUUGCUCGGAGCUUAGCUUAACCCAAAAAGUUUUAUUUGGUUACUAACGUAAUUUGACUAUAUUUUAUGUUUGUUGUUUCUCUAAAAUUGUCAGUCUGUCUGACAAAUUCAUUGAGGAACCGUAACUGUCGCCGAAAUAUGAGUCUGUGAAAUUUGUCAAAAAAACAUGAGAAAGCUCAUCAUUAGUAAGUAAAUUACGCUUAUUAAUAAUUAAUAAUAAUAAUUGUAAUUUCUCAUUGGGAAAUCUGAAUUCCCCCUUUAUAUACGAAAGCCUAAGAGACUAUUAGUUUAGCGUAAGUCUAAAAGUUAGCUUGGUUCUGGCUAUUAGCGAUGUUCAACUCACUAAAAAAUAGUUUUACAAAAAUGUAGUCUAUUUUAAGCCCGCAAAAACUAGCGUUGCCAAACUUUUAAUAAUUUCAAUAAAAAUACAAUCAAAAGAUUUUACAGCUUAUUAAACCCCAAAUUUUGCCAACCACAAUUUAGCAAUUUUAAAAUGAGGAACAUAAAUUGUGCUCAUUUAUUUUCUCGCAGUUACGCUAAAAUGGAGUUCACACUUAAAUAUGAAACUCAGACUAAGAAACUAUUAUCUUAUUAACCCAUGAAACUGGAUUAGGCUACUAAAAAUGUCAUGCGUCAGUUAUGCUUAUUUUCUAGCCGAGAGCUACGCCAAAGAAAAUGGAAUUCAAAUGUUUGGCUCUGUCUAGCCUUGGCGACUGGCAUUGGCUAAACUUUGGCCGAUUUAGAUGUAAAUGAUUGAAAAGGUAAUCAAAAGUGGGAUUAUCUUUUCUUUUUUUUUCUUUUUUUUUUUUUUUAAAUUGAUGAAAAAUCUGCAAAUUUUGCCUACCACUGUUAAGAAAGUACGAAAUGCUGUAAAAUAUUUUUCUUCUUUUCUCAUAAAAAUGGUAUCCACCUUGGAGGAAAAAAAAAAAACAAUUAACCCAUUCAUUACCUUAAGUCAUUAAACUAGCAUAGGCUGCUAAAAAUGUUGGUCAAUUGUGCAAAAUUUCUUGCAGAGUUUUUGCGCAAAAAAAAAAAAAAAAAAUCGAAUUCACCUUUAAAAAAUGAUUGCCAUUGUUUAACACGAGAAAAUUUGCCUAGCUUUGGCAACUAUCAUCACCAAAUGUUUUCCUAUUUAAAUUAAAAGAUAAGCAGUAAUUAGUGAUCGACCCCCAAAUUUGACUUAGCACGAUGUGACAAGUAUAAAAUGCCGUCGCAUUUUUCUCGCAAAAAAAAUCACAGAGAACCAAUAAACUAUUAGCUUAACCCAUGUAACCAUCUUAAGGUACAAAAAAGUCAUUUUUCGCUUAUUUUCUCGAGUUACACAAAAAAUGGAAUUCCCUGUGAAAUACAAAGUUUGGACCAAUAAACAAUUACUUUAGCUUAACGCAUGCUUAUUUUCUCGCAGACAAUUAUGCAAGGAUGAGUCGCUUUGCUUAAUGUAAAAAGCUUAGCCUAGCUUUAGCUUCUAAUGCCGCCAGAUUUCUAAUAAUUUAUAUGAAAAAUAUUCAAUCGUUUGCUAUUUUAUUUUUGUUUCGAUAUCCAGUUUUGCCUAACACGAUUUAGCAAGUCUGAAAUGUCGCAAGUCAUAUGCACUUAUUUUCUUGCAAAAAUGGACUUCACACUUAAAUGUGACGCUAGUACGAAGAAACAAUUAGCUUGCCUUAACCAACGAAGCUUAGGUUCCCAAAAAUGUUAAGUGAAUUACACAAAUUGGAAUUCAGUUGUAAACAUGAUUGGCUUCGUGCUUAAUGCAAAAAGUUAGCCUAGCUAAAGCUACUAGGAACGCCAAACUUCUAACGAUUACAUAGAAAAGAUAUUCAGUAGGUAGUUUUUUUUUUUUUUUUUAACUGUAUUUGAUAAUCAUGUACCCAAAUUUUUCCUACUGCAAAUCAGCAAGUCUAAAAUGUCAAUUAUUGCGCCUUAUUCAUUUUCUCGCAACAAUGAAAAAGUUAGAACCAAGAAAUGAUUAGCUUAGCUUAACCCGUGAAACUCUUAGGUUACUAAAAAUGUAAUAAUUAAAUCAUUAAAUACGAAGCUAGGACUGAUAAGUGCUCAGCGUAGCUUAACGCGUGCUUAUUUUCUCUCUGAGAACUACGCAAAAAUGAUUGGCUUCGCAAUAAGUUAUCUUCGCUUUAGCUACUCGUGCCUCCAAAUUUUAAAUGAUUCUGCCAUAUUUUCUUUUGUUGUCGCCAAAUUAUUAGCCUGUCCAUUGAACUCUCCGAGAAAUCAUUACUUCGACACUUUUUUUCAGGUUUUUUUUUUUUUUUUUUUUUUUUUUUCCUCUGCCAAAAAUCCAGAGAAAGUGUUAGCAUUAGCAGUAAUGUUGUUGUUGCUCCCAGUGUUGGCAUUCUUUUUUCCCGUAAUGUAUUACUGAGCCACUUUUGUGAUGAGAAUAAUGACGACGUAAUAAUAAGCUAACGCGCGAAGGAGUCUCCCUCCGUGUGUAUUUUCCGGUCUUGAAGCUCUGCCUCCCCAAAAAGCCCUCGACCAAUGGUCUGCACUUUAAUGCAGGUAAGCCCCGCCCCCACUCCCCAAAGCAGGCCUGCUGUACUGAUGUGCAAGAAUGGGAGAUGACUAUUGGUCUUAAGCAUUUGCUGGUAUUAAAAAUGUAUUUUUUCAUGUUGUUGUUGUUGUUGUUAGUUUCUUCACCUUUUACACCCAGCUAGUCGAUACAAUUUUUUUUGUCAGUGUUAAAACACACAGAAAAUUCCUACUGAUUUCCAUUUCAAUAUGAUUUCUUUUGAUUUUGAGCUUUUUGUGCGCGUGUGUGGGGAAACAAACAAAAGCAGCUCCCCGCCCCCCCCCCCCCCCCCCUUUUUUUUUUGUCUCUUUAGUUGUGAUUUGGUGUUAAUUUUAUUGUCCUCUCACUAUGAUGUGUUCCCUAUGUGUACUUUAAUCAAUAAACUGGUAACACUGCA